AUGGAGACCUGCUACAACCUGAAGAGUCCGGCUGUUAAACGCUUAAUGAAAGAAGCAGCAGAGUUGAAAGACCCAACAGAUCAUUACCACGCACAGCCUUUAGAGGAUAAUCUUUUUGAAUGGCACUUCACACCUUCAUGGAGCAUAAGGACAGCAUUAUUAGCCAUCAUUGGGUUUAUGCCAACGAAAGGCGAAGGAGCCAUAGGCUCUCUGGAUUACACGCCCGAGGAGAGAAGAGCUCUUGCCAAAAAAUCACAAGAUUUCUGUUGUGAGGGAUGUGGCUUUGCCAUGAAGGAUGUCCUGUUGCCUUUAAAAUCUGGAAGCGAUUCAAGCCAGGCUGACCAAGAAGCCAAGGAACUGGCUAGACAAAUCAGUUUUAAGGCAGAAGUUAAUUCAUCUGGAAAGACUGUUGCUGAGUCGGACUUAAACCACUCUUUUUCACCAAGUGGUUUACAGGAUGAUGGACCUGCAACAUUCCAGGGUGCUACCGCAAGGACAUCGUAUGGAACCGAGAACCCCUCAGCAGCAUCCCUUCAACAGCCUGCCCAGCCCGUAGCUAAGAGCACCUCCAUGAGCCCUCGACAGCGCCGGGCCCAGCAGCAGAGUCAGAGAAGGCCGUCUACCUCCCCAGACGCCACCCAGGGCCAGCGGCCGAGAGGCGACCACACCGACCGCGGCGGGUCUGCUGUCUUGAUUGUCAUCUUGACUUUGGCACUGGCAGUUCUUAUAUUCCGGCGAACAUAUCUGGCCAAUGAGUACAUAUUUGACUUUGAGUUAUAA